AUGACUGGUAAUAUGUGGAAUUCUUCUUAUGACAUGCAACUUUUGAAGUUCUUUGAUUUGAACUGUAGAAGAGUGAAGACAACAAGGAUUACUGAAAUCUACUUCUACCUUCCUAAUCCUCUAUAUAUUAUAAUAUGUUGUGAUGGAGCUUCAAGGGGAAAUCCAGGUGAAGCAGGUUAUAGGUUUAUAUGCAGACAGGGGACUGGAGAAUAUAUGUUUGCUAUGUUAGGAGGACUGGGUCUUGCUACAAAUUUAAUGGCAGAAAUUUUUGUAAUCUUAUGUGCUGGAGAAUGGGAAAUCAACAACAACUUCCUUAAAGUUUGUUUUCAAACAAAUUCUAAAGCAUCAAUAGCAGCAUUCCAGUCAGGAGAAGUACCUUGGUGGGAUUGUACUAGAUGGAACAAGAUUAAAAGCUCUCUUCAAGACUGGUACUUUUCUCAUAGCUACAGGGAGAUUAACUUCUCAGCUGACUUAAUGGCAAAAAAAGGUACAUGA